AAUAUUAACUAUUAUAUAAAUCUACUAUUAAGGCACAUAAAAUUGAUAUCUAAUAAUCACUAGAUUAAAAUUAUUUAGAAAGACUGAAAUAAAAAAGAAUAGUAAAUAAAGUAGAAAUUGCUAUAUAAUAAAUCAAGUGUGUCGAAUUUCUGCAGUGACUGUUCAUUCAACAACAUAUCAAAAAUGAUUAGUGUGUCAACAAGAGAUCAGACCAAAUGUUUAAAAAAAUUUAAGCUCGUAUUUUUAGGAGAGCAAAGCGUGGGUAAAACCUCUCUAAUCACAAAGUUCAUGUACGACAAUUUUGACACCAGUUACCACGCCACAAUAGGCAUUGAUUUCCUAUCUAAAACCGUUUAUUUGAAAGACAGAACUAUUAGACUUCAACUGUGGGACACUGCAGGACAAGAAAGAUUUAGAUCACUUAUACCGUCAUACAUACGAGAUUCUUCGGUUGCUGUCAUUGUUUACGACGUGACCAACAUGAUAUCGUUUGUCCAAACAACAAAAUGGAUCGAAGACGUACGUAGAGAACGUGGGGAUGAUGUAAUUAUUGUGUUGGUCGGCAAUAAAAUUGAUUUAGAUCAUCUGAGGGAAGUUCCGAGGGAAAUGGGUGCUGUGAAGGCUGAACAGGAAAAUGCGUUAUUCAUUGAAACCAGUGCGAAAGUUGGUUACAAUAUAAAACAGUUAUUCAAGAGAAUUGGCGAGGCUUUACCAGAGGACGACGAUAUUAAUUUGGGACAGAGCGAACACGAAAUCAAACUGUCCGAGGGCGACAGUACGGAAAAGCAAUGUUCUUGUUGAUGUACUAAAUAACAACCAAUAUAGUUUAUAAUUUUC